ACCGAUACUAUCGCACACUUGCCAUUCUCCACAUCACGCACACACCCGCUUCACAAUUCAAACGAACGGCAUUUUAUUUUCUCAGGAUUCCGGGAGUCGUGAAUGUUUUACCCAAUAUCAACUUCCAUUGCUAUCUGACCCAAAUUUCAAUCAGUUCUGUUAGUUGUUGAGUGCCUGUGCCGCCAUGUCCCAUCCGUCUGACCAUGUGCUGCGCCCCAAGGAAAAUGCUCCGGUCAGACUGCCGGAAAAAUCCGCUGCCGUGCAUAAUAUGCAGAAGAACUUGCUAUUGGGAAAGAUGCCCAACAGCGAGAACGUGGCCCCAUCCAACAAACCCUUGCCAGGAUCUACUGGCGCUGUGAUUAGGAGUGCGGCGACCACCGUGCGUCCAGCCACUAAGCCAGUGCCAGGAGCCUCCAAUCCCAUAGGUUCCUCCGAAGGAAGCAACUUCCAGAAACCCCUGGUGCCGUCCGUGAAAAAGGCCACAUCAGAGUUUGUUGCUCCAGCUCCAGUAGCACCCAUCAAGAAGCCCGAAUCCCUUUCCAAGCUGAAAACCGCUGUUGCGGGCUCAGAAUCCUCAAAGGAACCUGGUGCGGCCAGCAGCACCACAGACAAAGAGAAAACCAAGACUGAAACACAGCCACAGAAGCCCAAGAAGACAUGGGAGCUUAACAACUUUGAUAUUGGUCGCCUGCUGGGGCGCGGCAAGUUUGGCAACGUUUACUUGGCGCGCGAAAAGGAAUCGCAGUUUGUGGUGGCCCUUAAAGUGCUGUUCAAGCGUCAGAUUGGCGAGUCCAAUGUGGAGCACCAGGUGCGCCGGGAGAUCGAGAUACAAUCGCACCUGCGUCAUCCGCAUAUCCUACGUCUGUACGCCUACUUUCACGACGACGUGCGCAUAUAUCUGAUCUUGGAGUAUGCCCCACAAGGAACGCUCUUUAAUGCCUUGCAGGCACAGCCGAUGAAGCGUUUCGAUGAGCGCCAGUCGGCAACCUAUAUUCAGGCGUUGUGCUCGGCGCUGCUCUAUCUGCAUGAGCGGGACAUCAUCCACAGGGAUAUUAAGCCGGAGAACUUGCUGCUGGGCCACAAGGGCGUCCUGAAGAUCGCCGACUUUGGCUGGUCCGUGCACGAGCCAAAUUCCAUGCGCAUGACACUGUGCGGCACUGUCGACUAUUUGCCACCCGAAAUGGUGCAGGGCAAGCCGCACACGAAAAACGUCGAUCUUUGGAGCCUGGGUGUGCUCUGCUUUGAGCUGUUGGUGGGCCACGCUCCCUUCUACUCGAAGAACUACGACGAGACCUACAAGAAGAUACUCAAGGUGGACUACAAAUUGCCGGAGCACAUUUCCAAGGCGGCUUCACAUCUCAUUUCCAAGCUGCUGGUCCUUAAUCCGCAGCACCGCCUACCGCUGGAUCAGGUGAUGGUGCACCCUUGGAUCCUGGCGCACACGCAGUGAACCCCAUGCUUGUUUCAUUCUGAGUUAAUUCCUUUUAAUUACAUCUUUAGUUAGGGCGCGCCACGUAAUUUAAUUAUGGCAUCAUAAAUUUUCAUUUAUAGAGUAGAGA